CUCUGCGGCAUUGCUAAUCCCUGGCAAUAUUAAUUAAUGGUUCUACUUCCGGUGUCACGAAGUUACUGUGUAUAGUCUAUCGUCUCGUGACUACUUUAUAAUCAAAAUUUCAGAAAAUCUGAAGGGUCUUUUUCCUACCGUCAAUCCUUCUUCGAUCCUAUGAAUAGAUAUAGAAACGUGGCUGGGCAGCGCGGCCCGUCCAAGGCGACUGCCUCGACUCUAUGCCAGAAGUGUCUAAAACGAGGGCACUACAGCUAUGAAUGCAAGGCAACAACGCAAGAGCGACCCUAUAUAUCAAGACCCUCACGUACACAGCAACUACAAAAUCCAGAUCUGGUUCCGAAGUUGACCAACGACGCUCCAAAAUUCCCAGACCAAACAAAUGGUCUUGCAGAUGAGAUUUUAGCAAAGCGCGAUCAAGAACGUGGUAGAAAGAGAGAUUUUGACCAAGACAAUGAUCUUGUUCUAGGAAGCAAAGACCAGUCGCCAAAGAGAGCGCGAUCCGCAUCAAUUUCGUCGAUUUCUGUGUCUACAAUAUCUACCGGGCGUUCUCGUUCCCGGUCACCAAAAUAUCGGCGUCGAGACGACUCACCGAGUUAUAAAGCCCGAGAACGAUCGCCGUUGUCAUCUAAGAAAUCACGUCGGCGGAAAAGAGAACAUAGCUUUAGCUCUUCACAUGAUUCCAAUUUGUCUAUUUCGCCUGAGAGAAAUCAAUCGCGAAAUUUAGAUCGCGGGGUUGAGCGAAAUAUUCGAAGAAAGCGACGUGAGUCUAGCCCACACGAAAGGGGCAGGCAAAGAGAGUCAUCUAUGCGUGGAAGCUGGAGAGGUAAAUCGCAAAGUCAGAGUCAGGAAAGAAGCCGCAUCGCAAGGGAGCGACGGUCAAUGACACCAGGCGAACCAUCUCAGACAAGGGCCAAUUUUGGUGGCAAGAAGGCAGAGUCACAAGCAGACUUUUCAAGACGGCGAGCACGUAGCUUGAGUCCAUUCAGCAAACGAUUGGCCCUCACUCAAGCCAUGAAUAUGGGGAGAUAAUGUAUAUACAUGUGUAAUUAUUAUAUUAUAUAGCUUUUAUUGCAAGCUUCCUUGGUGAUCCAA